AUGUGCCAUCUCGCCAGUGUGCCAACUCCACAAUGUGCCAUCUCCACAAUAUGCCAUCUACCCAGUGUGCCAUCUCUACAAUGUGCCAUCUCCACAAUGUGCCAUCUCUACAAUGUGCCAUCUCCACAAUAUGCCAUCUACCCAGUGUGCCAACUCGCCAGUGUGCCAACUCCACAAUGUGCCGUCUCCACACUGUGCCAUCUCCACAAUGUGCCAUCUCUACAAUGUGCCGUCUAUACACUGUGCCGUCUAAUCAAUGUGCCAUCUCUACACUGUGCCGUCUCCACAAUGUGCCGUCUCUGCACUGUGCCGUCUCUACACUGUGCCAUCUCCACAAUGUACCAUCUCCAUACUGUGCCGUCUCCAAAAUGUGCCGUCUCCACAACGUAUCUCCACAAUGUGCCGUUUCCACAAUAUGCCAUCUCCACAAUGUGUCAUCUCUACAAUGUGAGAUCUCCACAAUGUACCAUCGCCACAACAUGUAAUCUCCACAAUAUGCCGUCUCCACAAUGUGCCGUCUCUACAAUGUGCAAACUCUAG